AUGAGGGUUUUCAAGAAGAAAAUAUUGUCGAGGAAUCAUCAGCCAUGGAAGAACAAGAAGAGAAGAAGACAAGAGAGAUCCAAAGAUGAUGAUAAAUCACAGCCUAACCAUCUUCCUCUUGAUCUAGCAUUGGAUAUAGUCUCAAGGCUUCCUGCGAAAUCAAUCAUGAGAUAUCAAUGUGUCUCGAAGCUGUGGUCUUCUUUUAUCACACUUCCUAGUUUUACCAACUCGUUCACGUCUCGGUCCACUUCACGAUCACCGACUCUUCUGAUCACCUUCGCAUCUGGUUCGGAAAAAUAUGUAUUCUCGUUUCCUCAAGACCAGGUUCCUGACCGGUCGACUUGUUCUCCAUUCUAUAGUUAUCAAAUAACAAACACAGAUUGGAAAUACCCGCGAUCCGAGAGCAUCCGUGGUUUGAUUUUAUCACCCGAUUUUAAGAUUUGGAACCCAACCUUGAAUCGGUUUUUAUCCUUACCACGUCCUGAUAAAUCCAGCUCGAGUCGAGACGGUUGGGGGUCUUGUUUAGAUGCACAUGGACACAAAUGGACACGUGAACUCUUUGUUCUUCAUUUACCAUAUGAGAGCGUACAGAAGUUCUCUAUACAUUUCUGGGGUACUACAGAUGCUGGUGAGUUUGUUUUUGCUCCGUCUGAUUUCUAUGAAACGUUUUAUGCUCUAUAUUUGGAUCCGAAAAGAAACAGUACUAGAAAAGUCUUUCUUGAAAGAAAUAUGGGUGACCUUAGACGCCGUUGUGGACUUGAUAGCAUUAACGGCAAGUCCACCUUGCAAGUUUUCCCAAAUCACAUCGAGAGUCUCUUUUCUUAA